AUGUUCAAGAAUAGCUUAUCACUGGAAAUUCGAGCGCGUCCUGAAGAUAUCCGGAGAUAUCUCGAGGGUAACAUGGCUCACAUGCCCUCAUAUAUCGAUCGGAGUCCAGAUUUACAGGCUGAGAUUAUAGCCAAGAUCGUCGAGACUGUGGAUGGAAUAUUGCACGCCGGCUCUCAAGCGUAUGACCUUGCGUACGAUGAUGCGAUAGAGCGCAUUAAUGGCCAGCGCAAGGACGAGGUGGAGCUCUCGAAGCAAGCGCUGUCGUGGAUCACCUGCGCUAAGCGGCCGCUUUCCACAAUAGAACUCCAGUACGCGCUUGGUGUUGAAGUGGGCGAGACAGAGCUGGACCUCGACAACAUCUCACAGAUAGAAGACAUGAUGUCUGUUUGUGCAGGACUGGUCACGGUGGAUGAGAAGAACAGCGUCAUCCGCUUAGUGCACUAUACUACGCAGGAAUAUUUCAUGCGCACGUGGAAACGAUGGUUUUCAAAUGCACGGACGGAAAUUACAGGUGUUUGCGCUAUAUAUCUGUCGUUCAGCUCCUUUGAAGUAGGGUUCUGCCGUAUAGAUGCCGAGCUCGAGGACCGAUUACGACUCCACCCUCUCGACGACCACGUCGCCUACUUCUAG